UUCAGCCUGCUGCUAACAAAAGGAGCUCCAGACACCCUUUAACUUUUAUGUAUCUUUACUUCUGUGCUUAUUUUUCACACAUCUCCUUAAAAACAGAACCCCAACGCGGCUUCCUGACGUCUAUUUCUCUUCAAUAAGAUGGUUGUUUUGACAAAUAACAAUGAAGACCAGGAUUAUAUCCUGAUAGAGGAGCGUAAAUGCAGCUCCCUGCCCAGCUCUCCCGCCAAGCGAGUGUCUCCCACCAAAAAGAAGCAGUUCUUUAUCAACCAAGCCAUCCGCAACUCUGACCUCACUCCCCGGGCCAAAGGCAAGAAGAGCCUCCGCCGACAGGAGAACACGCGCUAUCUUGCUAAUCUUCUUGAGAAGGAUGAGUGCUCCAAAGAUGAUCUGGAGGUCUGCAGUAACCCGGCCAUCCCGUCCAUCUUCACUGAAGCCUGCACCAACGGAAACUACGUUGAGCCUUGGAACGACUUCAUGAAUUGCUCUGGUGAGGAGCAGGAGAGGCUGUUGUCUCUGCUCGAGCAGGACGAAGCCAAGAAGAAAAACACCAACCGGCUCCUUAAAGACCAGAGGAAUGUAAAUCCUGCCUUCACUGCUCAGGACUGCUUCCAGAGGAUCGAUCGAAGACUGCGAGCAACUCUGAAACGGAAACAAAUCCCCAUAGGAACUCUGGAAGUGCUUGAGGAGCACCUUGUGAGCUUCUUCAAUGCUCAACCUCACUCAGUCUACACAACCAACCUCGCCAGCAGCUUUGAGAGACUGCUGCUUCACGCCGUCUGCCAGUAUAUGGACCUCGUCUCUGCAAGCACCGACUACAAGGGGUCACGCCAGACUGAAGUGGUGAACAAACAAGAGGUGUUCCUGCCUCCAGGCCUCCUGCUGUCCGCCUACCUGGAGCAGAUGAGCUGAGACGAGGACCGCACUCUGUUACUCCUCUCCCUCCGUGAGGCUCUUUUGCAGGCAGGGGCUCCACGAGAUGUAGUUAAAGUACGCAGUCUUUACGUAAUGUCUGUGUAAUGUCUGUCAAGCUCGAUGUCUCACACUUAAAAAUACCUGCUUAGUUUUGAUCUGGUUUCUCUGGUUGGUUUCUGGUAUCUGGUUUCUGUAGCAAAUUUUCCAUUAAUUUUAUCUAUGAACUAAUUCAGUUAGUCCACCUUGUUGAGGAUAUACAUGUUAAAUUCUACACAAACACUAGUAUGCUUGCAUGUAUUAGCAUUCAGCUCAAAGCACAAGUUAACAUAUAAAUCUUAAUCUGAUUAAAUUUGAGCCAUGUCUAACAGAGCUGAGCUGGCCAGCUUCAGUCUGAGAUGACCUGAUACGGCCGCUAAACACGAGAUGAUCCCUUUUGAUUUAGGUAACAUCUCUCAAGCCAAACUGUACAUUAUUUCGCCCCAUAUUAAAUCAGAUUAUUAGACUUAUCAAAUAUGUUUUAUAAUAUGGUGCGUAAUAAGUUUUUUUUUUUUUAAAUUAACAGCUGUUCACAUACAGCAUUGACAUUUACAUUAAUUUCAUUUUCUUAAGUUACUCAUGGAUAUAGUAAUAUAUAAUUGUGAGGAAUGAUUCUUUACAUUGUGAAAAUGUGGUAAAUUCAUCAUCUGAUCAGUUAAGUUGGUUUCAUGAUACAAUUCAGGCAAAUAUCAAAUAGAUGGGAGUAGUUGUCAUUAGCAGGAUGAUAGCAUUAGGUCAAAAUGGAUUUUUAAGCCAGAAAUCCUCAAAGCAAUGCUUUUUUCUUGCAGUCUUUUACAGUGCAAAUAGUAGAAUUUAACAACAUAUGUUAAGACAACAUCAAAUCUCACAGUAACAGUCAGUAAAUCUCACAUUAUUGCCAUACUGUUGACUUUAAUGUCUAUCAAAGUUUUCUUACAAACUGAUGUCAUCAUAUCCAUAAUGUUUUUCUUAUGAGUUUUGAUAACAUCUUCCAGCACUGGUUGGUGGGAAGUCGUAGUUAUGGGUAGCGAGCUCAUAUUAAAGGUCAGUAAUAAUUUUUAAAAAACAACUUCAAAACAUUAACGAUUGACAAUAAUGAUGUAAAAUGAAUGGAAGAUUUACUUGGAACCUGUUUCCGCUGUGUAAAGACAUGUGAGUCUUUAGUGCUAAUUUAUGAUUGACAGUGUGUACAGGUGCUAAGACAGAGGAACUGCAACACUGCCUGAACAAUUAGCCUGUAGGAUUUGUGUCAAUAGUGAGAUAAGAUGCAUGAAUAUUAGUAAUCUCACUAUAUGCGCAGACACAUUACUCAUCAUAGGUAGUCUUUUUUGUCUGUGGUGUGAAAUAACAGCUUCUGAUAUGCUUGGUAAGUUAAAAAACAACUAAAAACAUCUUGGAUAAUUAUCUGUAAUAUGUAUGAGAAGAAAUCUCGCCUUUUAGGUACAAUUUCUUCAGGAUCUACUUUUGGGGGAAAACAUAUUUUCUUUGUAUUUAUCUCUGCUAGUUUGGUCUCUGAUGCAUUAACGCCUUGUCUACACCAGAUGUGUUUGAGCUGCGGUUUUUAAGUCAUCUGACAGAACAUGACUGAGAAAUAAUAGAGUAACAACUGUAUAACAUUUCCACCUGAAAUGUUCUUUUAGGCUUCAGUUGCAAGUCUGUUUAUUUCCAUUUACACGGUCCACUAACAUACUUGUGGGUACUUGUUUCUGGGCUUUGUCAAAACACUUCUGAGUGCGCAGUAUUGUGGCUGAACAUAUCCCACACAGACCCAGCUGCUGCUUUGGUAAAGCUUUUACCAAUUUUAUACUUAUUUCCUGGAGGUUUUUGAGUAAUUUGCAGGUAAAAAACUGUUAAGUUUUAGGAAGUUUUAGAGACAGUAUGGUGCAAUAUGGUACAAGACAAAAAGGGAAAGAAGGUUGAAUUGGUUAAUGACUCUCAUUAUACUUGGAUUCAUGCAAAAAUGUUAAUUUGUGAGAAUUCAUGUCAAACAAUAUGUCAGUUUAUUAGACUUUUCAAUCAUUUCCUAAAAGUAUCUGCUGUUUAUGUAGUCUUGACACACAAAACUACACACUGAAAACUAAAUAUUAUGUCAGUUAAAUAAUUAUAAAGAAUCUGAUUUUAUAAGAAUUUCUGUAAAUUUAUCAACUAUGUAUAAAUCCAAAUAUAAUGAGGGACACUCACCAACUUCACGCUUUUUUGUUUUUACUUAGAAUAUGUAUCAAAUUGCACCAUCCUCUCUGUAAAAUGUCAUGAAAGUGAACCCUAAAAUACUUGCAAAUUACAAAACUUUCUAGCCUGUAAAGGGGACCUGUAAAAUAAAUCAUUACUGCUGCUUUCACUGCACACUGAUGUACACAAAGUGCAAAUGUUACUUCAGUCAUGUCAAUAUUCAAAGAAAAGAUAAGGAACUAUUGUUAAAGUUGCCAUUCACUUGAAGAUUUAAUGUUGGAUUUUUUUUUUUUUGCAUCAUGCACGGUGCUCAGUUUACACUCUUUCUACGUAUACAGGUGAUACGGUUUUGAAUGUAUACUGUAUGUACAGUAGAUGUUACAUUGAUGGAAAAAUAUGUUAAAGAUGUAAGGUGUUUUGAUGGUGAAACCUGCAGAGCUUUGACUCUCAGUGUUUCAUGUCAAUAUUAUUUACUACCCCAGAGAAGCACUUCUGCCUUAUAAAUACAACUUUCUAUGUUUUUUUUUCUGUACAUAUAUUUCUACAUUUCUACUUACUGGAUUUUGGAAACAUAUAUCCAGGUUAUUUAAAAACAAAGAUGUAUCCCUGAUUCUUUUAUACUGUUGUUUGCAGUGUAUCAAAACUUGAGCUUUCGGUGCAUUUUGUCAACAACCAAAGUUUGUGUGUUUGUUGCGUGGAAAUCUAAUUCUCAGGCUGUCAACUUUCUCACUCUGAAUGUCAUGUUGUGAUUUCACAUGGUGUCAGUUUUAUGUGUACUGUGUACUCUCUUCAAGAUGAAAUUGUUUUGAGCAUGUUCACCCCAGCACCUUGGGGCGCUGCCAACAAAAAAAAAACAUGAAGUAGUAGUUGUACUGUAAAUAGUAAAAUCAAGUAUCUGACUUGUGCCAAUGUUUGCAUUGAAAAAUCCUGUAAUAGUCUGAAAGCUUUAUACACUCGACUCAAACAUCCAUCCAUCCAUCCAUCCAUCCAUCCAUCCAUCCAUCCAUCCAUCCAUCCAUCCAUCCACCGCUUAUCUGCAAUGGGGUCACAUUGGCAUUAGGCUAAUUAAGGAAACCCAGCUUUCAUCCUGUCAAAACCCUUUAGCUCCUGUUGGGGGAAUCCCUAGGCGAUUCCCUCCAGCUUUCUGGCUCUACCCGGGGGUCUCCUACCAGUUGGAUGUGCCUGGUUUGGGCACCUGGUUAGGCUUCCUAACCAGGUGCCCAAACCACCUCAGCUGGCUCCUUUCAAGGUGAAGUAGCAGGAGCUCUACUUUGAGGUCCCCCUAGAUCUCCAAGCUCUUAGCCCCAUCUCUGAAUGCGAACACAGCUCUCACUGCAGUACUCCAUACUCCCAUAACAUCACCCACAAGGUGCCCUGAGAGACAUGGUUGUAAGCCUUCUCCAAGUCUACAUAACAAAUGUAGACUAGAUGUACAAACUUCCAUGAACCCUCAAGUAUCCUUGCAAGGGUGAAGAAAUGGUCCACUGUCCCACAGCCAGGACAGAAUCUAAAUGGUUCCUCCUGAAUUUGAGAUUCAACAAUCGACCAGAGCCGCCUCUUCAGGACUCUGGCAUAAGCUUUGUCCGGGACGCUGAGUGGUGUGAUCCCUUAAUAGUUUGAGCAAACCAUCCGCUCCCCAUUUUAAAAAAUGGGAACCACCUCAGUCUGUCAGUCCUUAGGCUCUGUCCCUCACCUCCAUGCAACAUUUAAGAGGCCUGCUAUGUCCAGAGUCUUCAGCAUCUUAGGACGAAUAUCAUCCACACCUGGCACCUUGCCUCUGAGGAGCUUUUUGAAUACCUCAGAGAUCUCUGUCGGGGACAUGAGUGAUGUUUCUCCUGAGUCGUCAAACUCUGCCUCCUUCAUGGAGGGCAUGUAGGUCAGGUUUAGCAGUCCAUCCACCGCCCCUAGUCUCCCCAAACUUCUCUCACACCCAGUUUUUGCUUCAGUUAAAACCAAAGCUGCUGCCCUUUUGGCCCUUCAGUGCUCAUCUUCUGCACCAGGAGACCCCUCGAUCAGCCAAACCCUAAGACUGAAACAUGUUUGUGUAUAUAAGGAUGUGUGUGCUACUGUACUUAUUUAUAAUUAUCACUGCAACUAUUAAAGGAUUUAAGACUUUUUUUCUUCAUUUAAUUAUGUAAUUAAGAACGAUGAAAGCCAUGUCUGAAAAGACGGUUUUAAUAAAUAUGAGUGUAAUUCCA